AGAGAGACAGUGAGAGAGUGAGUGAGGGAGAGUGAGGUGCGCGCGGUAGAGAGACACUGACAGUGUGGCUCCGACGCUGCUGACGCUCGGAACACUGCUCUAGUGUGUCGGUAGCCUCGUCUUGUCUGCUAGUGUGUGUGUGUGUGGGUGAGGGGGUGUGGGGGGCCCCCUCAGUGUGUGGCCCACAUGGUGUAGUGUAGAGGCCAGACAAGGGCCACAGUCUAUGUUGGCCACUCAACACUAAACACUACUCUAUAUGCCCAUCAAGACGGGGCGUCGCAAGCAGCCUGUCACCACGGGGUUGGGGGCCCCAGGGGACCAUGACGGCCUGCCCCCAGCCCCGCACAUGAUGCCCGGGGCCGUGGGCCCUCAGGGUCCCCUCAGCGGGGACACUGCCCCCGUGGGGCCGGCCAAUAUGCCCCACGGACCGCAGGGAGGGCCCGUGGGGCUCGGCUCCCACCCGGGCCAUGUUCCCCCCGGAGCUCCGGCCUUUAUGCAUGGUCCGGGUGGUCCUGGAAUGCCCGGAGGACCAGUAGGACCCGGUGGACCGGGACCAAUAUCCAGCGGACCAGGGGGCCCCGGUAUGGCCAGUGGUCCAGGAAUGCCAGGUCAUGGUAUGCCCAACGGUCCUCAGAUGCCCUCUGGUCCCAAUGGGCCAGGUAUGAUGCCCGGACCGGGUGGACCUGGACCUGGGAUGCCAAUGCAUGGACCAGGUGGACCACCAGGACCCAUCAACCCUGCAUUCUUCAGUUGUUUUUGUUGUUUCAGACGACACACACCGUACUUCGGACAACCAGACUACCGUCUCUACGAGCUUAACAAGAGACUACAACAGCGCUCUGAGGAGUCAGACAACUUGUGGUGGGAUGCCUUUGCCACGGAGUUCUUCGAGGACGACGCUACCCUUACCCUCACCUUCUGCCUUGAGGAUGGACCCAAAAGAUAUACAAUUGGGCGAACCCUCAUACCUCGGUACUUUAGGAGCAUCUUCGAAGGAGGUGUUACGGAGCUUUAUUAUUCCUUAAAACACCCUAAAGAAUCGUUCCACAACACCUCCAUCACCCUCGACUGUGACCAGUGCACCAUGGUUACGCAUCAUGGCAAACCUAUGUACACUAAGGUCUGUGCAGAUGGUAGACUAAUAUUAGAGUUCACAUUUGAUGACCUGAUGCGCAUCAAGUCGUGGCAUUUUGCCGUCCGUGCCCACCGUGAGCUCAUCCCUCGGUCUGUGGUUGCCAUGCACUCUCAACAGGACCCGGGUAUGGUUGAAACGUUAAGCAAAAACAUCACGCGGCAGGGCAUCACCAGCCACACCUUAAACUACCUCAGGUUAUGUGUGAUUUUGGAACCCAUGCAGGAGCUCAUGUCACGACACAAAGCCUACGCGCUCUCCCCCAGAGACUGUCUCAAGACCACACUCUUUCAGAAGUGGCAAAGAAUGGUUGCACCUCCAGGUGCAGCUAAUCAAGCAAAUGGUAAAAAUGGUGCCGAUGGAGGUCUGGUUCUCAAGACUUCACCGCCCUCAAAAACCCAACGGGCUCCAAAUAAACGGCGGAAGCGGAAAGGUUCUCAAUCGGGUCAAAACGCGACUGCAAACUCCACUGGCUCAAGCAAGAAAAGAUCACCUGGCCCAAACUUCAGCCUGGCUACACAAGUCUCCUGACCAGGCUGAUCAUUUCCCAUGAGGUGAAGCUGAUCUCCUCUCUAGGUAGUAUUGCCUCUCUGGUUGCUUAGUUAGUUUCUAGUUAUAGGUUAAGCCAGAUAAACCUUGGACUUCUUCCCACAACCAUUACUUACAUGGGUAAACAUGACUAUCAAGUAAGGCAAAAGGGAUAAAUUUGGCUGCCAUGUCUACAUCAACUGUAGAGAGGCACAUUUCUUUUGUCUGUCUUGGUAUGAUGUGUUUUUCCACAGUUUUGGUUGUGCUGUGGAGUUAUCCAACUUUAAGUGGGUUACCCUACACUUAAAUAUGCAUUCUGCAAAUUGUAUUUAUUAUUUA